AUGGCGACUCUGGCGGAGAAGCUCGAGAAGAUCAAGUCUCCCAAGCUGCAGAAUCAGCACCACACUGCCGUGGUGCUCUCUGCAGUGGAGGAUACUCUUCGCGAUCAAAAAGCCGAUUUCUCCCCUACCGCGUACUUUGCGGCCCUCCUUGCCUUGCUUUCCCAGUCGCUUUCGGCUGAGCAAGGUAUCGUCAACAAGGAUUUGGCAACUUCCGUCGUCUACCUGCUCGAUAUCACCACCGAAUAUGUCCCUGCCCCCAUCCUCCGUUCCAAAUUCUCCCAGAUCCUCACUGGUCUCGCGCCUGCAUUGUCACUUCCUGAGGUUGAAGCCCCGCUUCUGCGACCCUCAAUUGGAAGUCUUGAGUCGUUGCUGGUCGCCCAAGAUGCCGCUGCAUGGAACCUUCCGCACACCGCGAUCGGUCCUCGUCGGGCCACGGCCGGUCUGCUGAGUCUGUCCGUUGACCACCGUCCCAAGGUGCGCAAGCGCGCCCAGGAGGCUCUGAUUAAGGUUCUCAAGAACCCCCCGCCAAGCCCCUCUUUGGAUCACCCGGCUGCAGACAUGUGCGCCGAGUCGGCCAUGAAGACUCUGGGCGACGCCAUCACAGCUGCGACCAAGCAGAAGAAGAACCGCCAAGAUGCACAGGCUCGGGAGAACCACGAGCCUAUGAUUAUCCACUCCUUGCAGUUGGUCAAGACCAUUGCUUCGGCAUCGGGUGGCUGGCCCAGCAAGAAGAUCGAGGCUCUCUGUGAGUUGCUGAUGAACGCUUCUCGCUCCAUGAACGAGUACAUCACUAUGGGUGCGUUCGAAGUUUUCGAAGUCAUUUUCGAGGGUAUGGCGGAUGAGUUCUCCUCCUCGAAGCUUCCCCGUCUUUUGGACGCCAUUUCCGAACUUAAGCCCGCACAGAACGACUCACAGCUCCUCCCGCCCUGGAUCGCUGUCCUGUCGCGUGGUUACGAUGUGUCUGCUCAGAUUGAGCCCGAGGAGACAUUUGCUAAGCUCCCCGAACUUUUCCAGAUGAUCGCUGGUUUCUUGGCGUCUCCCUCCCACAACAUUCGCGUCUCGGCAUCUGAAUGUCUGAUCUCGUUCCUGCACAACUGCAUCCCCAACAGUGUCAUCAUCGAGCCUUCAAUUUAUGAUGAGAAGUCUCUUGAGAAGUUGGCCCGCGCUGCUGCUGAUUUGCUGUCUGUGAAGUACCAGGCUGCUUGGAUCGAAGUCUUCAACGUCUGCUCCGCUCUGUUCGAUUGCUACAAGUGGCGAUCCAGCCCAUUUUUGGUUGAUAUCGUCUCGACCAUCGGCGAGUUGCGUAGCAAUGAGUCUUUCCACGGUAAGAAGGAAGCCGACGCCGUCCUCGGAAGUGCCAUCGAGGCCAUGGGCCCCGCUGCCGUUCUCGAGAUUUUGCCAUUGAACAUCAUCGAGCAAAAGAACGGCCAGCCUGGUCGCGUUUGGAUGCUGCCCAUUCUCCGUGACAGCGUGACAAACACCAACCUGGGACAUUUCCGUUCCGAGUUUGGACCCCUCAGUGAGGCACUUUACCAGAAGAUGGUAGACUUCCAAUCCCUGGAGAAGCCCGUUGAGGCAAAGAUCUUCGAGACUCUUGUCCAGCAGACUUGGGGUAUUCUCCCCGGAUACUGUGAGCUCCCGCUCGAUGUUGUAGAGUCCUUUGACCAGAGCUUCGCCGAGCUGCUGGCAAAUGUCCUUUACAAGCAGACCGAUCUGCGUGUCGAGAUUUGCCGCGCUCUGCAGAACUUGGUUGAGUCAAACCAGGCUAUUCUGUCCAUCGAGGCUGAGCAGGAAGACCUGAUUCUGCAGCGCCGUAUCACCAAGGCUGCCGCUACCAAGAACAUCGCCCAUUUGGCUGGCUUUGCUAGCAACUUCCUCGCUGUGCUGUUCAACGUUUACAGCCAGACCCUUCCCCACCACCGCGGUUUCAUUCUGCAGUGCAUCAAUGCCUACUUGAGCAUCACUCCCGAGAACGAACUUAACGAGACUUUCGCUCGGGUGACCACAGCGCUCGAGGAGUCAUUGGUUACGGAGCAGAACAACCCUACUAAGCAGGAUCCUUCCAACAAGAUGCCCCCGACCUCGCACACCUUGAUCGACCUGGUCAUUGCUAUGUCUAUCUACCUUCCCCGUUCCAGCUUCUCCGGUCUCUUUGCUAUGGCCGCCGCUAUCCUGAACGGAUCUUCUCCCAACCCCGAUCAGCAGCUCAUCAAGAAGGCCUACAAGCUGAUUCCCCGACUUGGCUCGACUGAGACUGGCAGCGCUGCUUUGCAGGAGCGUAGCGGUGAAUUGCAGGCUCUGAUGCUUGGUACAAUCGAUAAGACUCCGGCCUCUGGUCGUCGAGACCGUAUGCUCGCUAUUCACGAGCUGAUCACCCACCUUCCCACUUCCGAACUCCACUUCAUUCCCGCUAUCCUGUCCGAGGUGGUCCUGGGAUGUAAGGAGAGCAACGAGAAGGCCCGCACAGCCGCCUUUGAUCUUUUGAUCCACCUUGCCCGCCGCACUAGCGACGACGAGCGCAACCCCGCUGGCACUGUGAUCCGCAACUCUCUGGUCUCCCAUAUGCCCGAUGAUGCCCCCGAUGCUCCCGCCAACAUUGAGGAGUUCUUCACCAUGGUGUCUGCCGGUUUGGCCGGUUCUUCCCCUCACAUGGUUGCUGCUUCCGUCACAGCCCUCUCCCGCCUGUUUUUCGAAUUCCAGACUAAGCUCCGCGCCGAGGUCCUCUCUGACCUCGUCCAAACCGUUGAGCUCUUCCUCACCAGCAACAACCGUGAGAUUGUCCGCUCCGUCCUUGGCUUCGUCAAGGUCGCCGUUGUCGUUCUCCCCGACGAUGCCCUGCGUCCCCGCCUUGCCACUCUAGUGCCCAACCUCAUGGCUUGGAACAAGGAGCACAAGGGUCGCCUCCGCAGCAAGGUCAAGGGUAUCAUCGACCGCCUUGUACGCCGCUUUGGUGCCCCACUGAUGGAGAACUUGGUCGGUGAAGACGACCGCAAGCUUGUCGUGAACAUCCGCAAGCAGCGUGAGCGCAACAAGCGCAAGAAGAAGGAAGGUGCCGAGGGCUCCGACGACGAAGGUGACGAUGACAAGGCUGCCGAACAGCAACAAUCCGGUGGCAACGCCUUCGACAAGGCGGUUUACGGAUCCGACUUCUCCGAUGACUCAGAUGACGGCGACGACGGCUCAGACGUCGAAGUCGAUGAGAACACCCGUAUCAAGGGCAAGAAGGACAGAUCCCACCAGAAUGCCCAGUACAUCCGCGAGACAUCUCCUGAAGAUAACCCGCUUGAUCUGCUCGCUCCUGAUGCCCUGGCCAACAUUUCCACCACAAAGCCUAACCUCCGUUUCCUGAACACCGGUCCCGGCUCUAAGCGCAAGCACGCUGCCAAGUUCGAUCCGAACGGCAAGCUGAUUCUGGGCGACGAUGAUGCCGACGCUGAUGUCGAGAUGUCUGGUGACGCCCCCGCUGCUGGUGGUGUCAAUGCCUACCUAGCGGCCGUUAGCGGUCCGGAUGCCGUCCGUCGUGGCCAGAAGGGUAAGGUCAAGAUGGGACAGGCCAAGCGCCGUGGCGGUGACGCUAUGGAUCUCGACGAGGAUGAGGAGGCCGCUUUGAACGAGGAUAUGCGUAACAAGGGCCCGAACACUGGUCGUCGCGGUCUUGGUGCGCCCAAGUCCCCCGGUGCCCCCGGUGGAGGCCGGAUCGAGAAGAACCGUCCCCACGCCUAG